UGAUCAUAUUUCUUUCAACACAAAAAGCCUAAUCUUUGCUGUGCAAAGAUCAAUCAUACGAUUCAGUAUUAAAUUUCACGAUAAAAAAACACCUAAGCUGACGACCUUGUAAUUAUCUCGUUGUGUUCUUAUCUAUGGCGUUUUCUCUCUCAACUGACGAAUUCUAUUUUCCCUGUAUAAUUUUCUAUUAAACGCUGUAAUUAUGAAAUUUUCUGACAGAGAAAACGAAGAAGAUCGAGCUAUAAUCGUUGAUAACGAGGUGAUAGAAAACCCAGUAGUGCAGAAUGAUUUUCAGGGAGUCAUUUCCAAUCCUAAACCAAGGAGAUAUUUUAUCGAACCAGCUGUAUUUCUCUUGUUUGCCGGAAGCUCUCUUUUUGAAACGAUAGUUCCAAACGCAGUAGAAUUACAGUAUUGUCGAACAAUGCUCAACUUAACACAGGAGCAAUGUUUUAGUCCAACUAUUGAUCUUAAAGUAAAAGAUGAAUACGAGAAAUUUGCAUCCACAUUUAACAUUUAUAGAUCAAUCAUUGAAGUCGCCAUUCCGUCUUUCAUCUCAUUUUUCAUUGGGCCCUGGAGUGAUACUUACGGUCGUAAACCACUCAUAUUGAGUUCACUUCUUGGAUACUCGGCUACCUACGGUUUAUGGACGUUUGCUUCCAGUAUUCCAGCGUUUCACCCGCUGUACUUUUUAUUUUUUAGUUUACCAUUGGCAUUCAGUGGAGGCAGUACCACUUUUAUAUUGGGAAGUUUUUGUUACGUAUGUGAUGUCACUACGUUGGAAAAUCGAGGAUAUAGAUUGGGACGUUUGCAAGGAGCGUUAUUUAUGGGAGCCCUGGGUGGUAUGCAAUCAUAUCUUUUGUUGGAACCAUUUGGAUAUACUAUGAUAUAUGGCGUGUCUUCGGUAUUCGUUUACCUGUCGUUAUUUUAUAUCUAUUUCUUCCUGGACGAAUCAAUUAUACCAUCUCAGGUGGAACUGAAUUCACCGAAAAGGAACCCGUUCCAUCUUCAUCAUAUUCUAGAAUUAUACGAAUGCUGUUAUAAAAGACAAACGCCCAAAAUGCGUAUCACCCUUUUUCUUCUAACGCUGAUCUUGGCAUGUUCUUUGGUCAAUGUAUUCGGUGAAACUAAUGUACUAUAUCUUUUCUUGCAACGAGUUCUGAAUUGGAAUAUGACCCAGUAUACGUACUUGAGCAGUUUUAUAAUCAUUGCAAACGCUAUUGGAGCCGCCGGUGGAACUUGGCUACUGUGCCGUGUACUGCAACUGGAUGAUCUUCUCAUACUCUCUAUUGCUGCAUUUUUCCGAGUUCUUUCUGCUCUAGUGAUGAUUUUCGGGUUCAGAGUGUGGCAUAUAUAUUUCUCGAAACUUCUUUCUUGUACGUUGGGUAUAUCUGGAUCGAUAAUCAGAUCGUUUCUGUCGCGUAAUGUGGGCAAAGAUGAGCUCGGAAAAGUAUUUUCAUUAUUGGCGUCAACGGAAUCCACCACUCCUAUGUUUGCUAAUUUGCUGUAUUCAACUAUUUUCAAUUUAACCUUAGAGACGAUGCCUGGAGCUAUAUUUUAUGUAUCAGGAUUUUUAAUAUUGUUCAUGUUGGGAUGUUUAGCCAUUUUAGUGAAAAUGUACAUUCCGGAUCCAACAAAACGCUCUCUCGCUGUAACCCAGGAUACUCCUAGUAUUAAUGCUAAUUAAUUUACCGUCUAACUGCAACUUGUCUGUGAUAUAUUUUUGCGACCUGAUGUGCCUUAUGCUGUAUUUGUGUAUUUUUUUCUAUUUCGCAAAUUUAAUCACAUGAUUACAGUCCAUCACGUUUCAAGGUACCCAGUACCCGUCAUUAACUUAUUGUAUUCUUACAUUUAUUCUUACGAACAGUCCUUUUUUUAAUUUUUUGGCUUCAUCGUGAAAGCAGAUUUUGUAAAUAAUUUUAAAAAACAAUUUUUAUAAAAGUGUCGUGUUGUCUUGAUGUACUUCUGUGGCGAGUUUGUUCGUGCUCGAAAAUUUAUGAGUUCGUCUUUGUGGUCUGUUCUUACAUUACGCUUCAUGUAUAUUGUAUUAAGUAGAUUAGAAAUAUUGUAGAAGAUAUUACGGAAGAUACUUCAAUUUGUUUGUUUUAAUAAACUCGCGUUUCAUAUUUAAAUUUACCUAUUGUUAUCAAGUCAUUAAUGAACUUAUUAUGUUGUUCAUUACAGCUCCAUUCGUGCUAUUCGGAUAAAGUUUCAACGUUUAAUCCUUGUAGAUAACUUAAUACUUGAUCCAAAAAAUACUCUAGUAAUCUCGUUACGCAUGUUUUAUUUAAUCGUCUGUAAAUUAAUUAAUUGCUCGUGCCACGUUAAUCAGUUUGUCAGCUAAUUUCCAAUCCAUGAAGUAAUACUUAAUUAACAGUCUUUUAUAAUUUUUGUAAUAUUUUGUUUAGCUUAAAGCUGUUCAUCAAAUGUUUACCAUUACGUCGGUGUAUCUAAAUUUGUCGUAUUUUAUACCUGACGAAAUUUUAUACCAACUUUUUUUUUUUUAAAUACACAAUUUUAUCUGA